ACCACCAUCUACCAGUGUGCUUUUUUAUUUCAACAUUUUAAUUUUCUUCAGCUUUUGGAAAUAUAGUUGCAUUCUCGUUCUGGAUGUUGCUUGGAAGUGGGAACUCAUUGUUGUGAUCUCUAAAAUUGAGUUUGGUGAUCUGGGUUUUUUGCUUUUUGGAGGCUCUGAGAGUUGGGGUUUUUUCUCUUUUCUUUUGUGAAGUUUGGAUUUUUGAGGUUGCCGGACUGUGCAAUCUUUGUUGAGAUCACGAAGGGGCGUUGGUUGAUUGAUUUGUUGGAUCAUUUUGUAUUGGGUGUUUUCUUUGUACUUUGGCCAAAGAUCUUUGAUAGGCAUUUAAUGGCUCGACUUUUGCUAUAUUGUGCUGUGGAAAUCAUGAAUAAAUAUAGUUUUCUGGAACAAUAAGAGAUUUGGAUGUUGAGAAUGUUCUAAAUCGGAUAUGAGAUUGUAGGGGAUAUUGUAGUGUUGACCAUUUAGAGAAAUAUGAGUUCAAUUGUAACUUCUGUAAUUUCACCAGCUUCUAGUGAUAUCUCGCCACCACCAGCACCUCCUACCUCUUCCUCUGAUUCCUCAAGCACUUCGCCAUCCCCUACAUCAUCUGAGCCAAAUCAAACUACUGAUCCCCAACAUCCACCACCAUCAAAUUCGUCAUCCCCACCACCUCAAUCCCCUCCUCCAGAUGUCCCUACUGCUCCUACUCCAUCACCACCACCAGCAUUGUCAACACCGCCGCCACCAGCUUCAUCUCCACAUCCAUCCCCUCCGGCAUCCCCACCUCCAUCACUGCUAAUAUCUACUCCACCUGCUGAUAAUUCACCACCCUCUCCGGUUUUAUCACCACCACCAACUAAAUCAAGUGGCUCUCCUCCUCCACAAGUUGAACCAGCACCAACGGUUGUAACUCCACCUCCACCACAGAUAAUCUUAGGUUCCCCACCUCCUCCAGCUAAUGUUCCAACACCGCCCUCCCCAAAAUCCCCACCUCCCCCGGUUAAUGUUCCAACACCGCCUUCCACAAAAUCUCCACCUUCAUCACCACCAACUGAAAGCUCUUCCACACCUCCUCCUACACUUACACCUUCACCAUCUGGCUCUAAGUCUUCUCCUCCCACAACGUCUCCCGCAACACCCACAUUAUCGUCCCCACCGACUUCGGUUCCCUCAACCUCCUCACCACCUACAGUGUCACCUCCAGCUACUCCAAGUACUCCGAAAACAACUGUAAGUCCUGGUUCAGCACUUUUGCCCACAAUUCCAAUAGAAAAACCAACUGCAAAGUCAACUAAUGGCGUAUCUGGCAAUGCAACAUCCUCUGGUAAGAGUGGUUUAAGCACUGGAGGGGCUGUGGCAAUAGGCAUUUUUGUUGGGUUUAUUGUGCUCAGUCUUCUUGUGAUGGCUGUGUGGUUUGUUCAGAAAAGGAGGAAGAGGGCUGGACUAAAAAUUGGGUACACUGUGCCUUCUCCAUUUGCUUCAUCUAAAAAUUCAGAUGCAGCCUUUUUAAGACCCUGGACUCCACAUCGACUAGUGGAAAGUGGUUCUUACAGUGGUUUUUAUUCGUCACCAGAGCCUGGUGGGGUCAAUAAUUCCCGGUCAUGGUUCACAUACGAAGAGUUAAUCCAGGCAACAAGUGGGUUUUCUGAACAUAAUCUUUUGGGUGAAGGUGGAUUUGGUUGUGUAUACAAAGGUAUCCUCACAGAUGGCAGAGAAGUGGCAGUCAAGCAGCUAAAGAUUGGUGGUGGACAGGGGGAGAGGGAGUUCAGAGCAGAAGUUGAGAUUAUUAGCCGAGUACAUCAUCGCCAUUUGGUUUCAUUGGUGGGGUACUGUAUAUCAGAGCAUCAAAGAUUGCUCGUCUAUGAUUAUGUCUCGAACAACACCCUUCAUUACCAUCUCCAUGGUAGAGGUCAGCCAGUUAUGGACUGGGCAAUACGAGUCAAGGUUGCUGCAGGUUCAGCUCGUGGGAUAGCUUACCUCCAUGAAGACUGCCAUCCUCGCAUCAUUCACAGGGAUAUCAAGUCAUCAAACAUUCUUCUUGACAACAAUUUCGAGGCUCAGGUUUCAGAUUUUGGACUAGCAAAGUUGGCAUUGGAUUCAAAUACUCAUGUGACCACUCGGGUGAUGGGAACCUUCAGAUAUAUGGCUCCAGAGUAUGCAACAAGUGGCAAGUUAACUGAAAAAUCCGAUGUUUAUUCCUUCGGUGUUGUGCUCCUGGAGCUAAUUUCUGGACGCAAGCCUGUUGAUGAUACUCAGCCCCUAGGUGAUGAGAGCCUGGUUGAAUGGGCUCGACCAUUGCUUGCUGAAGCAAUCGAACAUGAAAGCUUCAAAGAGUUGGUGGUUCCAAGGCUGGGAAACAAUUAUGUGGAACAUGAGAUGUUUCGAAUGAUUGAGGCAGCUGCCGCUUGUGUGCGACAUUCAGCUGCUAAAAGACCAAAAAUGAGCCAGGUAGUGAGAGCUCUAGACUCAUUGGAUGAGUCAUCGGAUAUCACGAAUGGAAUGAGACCCGGCCAAAGCGGAGUCUUUGAUUCGGCACAACAAUCUGCAGAAAUCAGGUUGUUUCAGAGAUUAGCUUUUGGCAGUCAAGACUACAGUUCUAGUUACUUUAAUCACUCUCAAAGCAGUUGGAGAAGUCGAGAAUACGGUAGUCAGGAUAGUUGGAGAAGCCGAGAGCACGGGAAUCCAAGCGGCCGGAGUCAAGAGCAUAGGGACCGUAGCACCUUAAACCCGUAACAACUCGGACAAUUUCAAUGGUAUCCGAACACCCCAGAUUGAGAAAUCAGAUGGCAUCAAAGUUUUAAAGGGGAUAAUGCCUUUGCCUUAACUCUCAAAUUUUGGGUAAGAUUUGAAGAUUGAAACAUCAUGGAAUCAGGUUUUGCUGCUCACCAUAUUGUGUAAUGUUUGAUCAUUAAUUUGUUG